CUAUUUAUAUGUUGAUGCAUCCACUUAAAGUGCGAGUAUGAUGUCAAAAAAUAUAAUAAUAGUGAUGGCAAAUAUCUCUUUUCCUUCCGCGACAAGCUCCUGCUAAUCUAAGAAGACAGAAACCACUUCAAUGUGAGGAUUAUUUCAGCAAAAGGGUGAAUUAUGCCAAGGUCCAGUUUCAGAAGAUGUUCUUUCCCCAGCUGCUGUAAAUUUGUAUAUAUGACGGCUCCAAACGACAUCAACAUCAUGAGAAUUGAACUUGGUUCUUGCUACACAAUACAGGAUAAACAGCUUUAUACGGUUUAUUACAACAAUAACCAAUCAAAGCAGACUCUGUAUGAGGACCGUUGCUGUAAAGGCGACAUCUAUGUGUAUUAUGAUUAUCUUCCCCACGAAAGCCCAAGAACAACUUUGCCAACAACCAGAACAGGAAUACGAGCCGCAUCUUCAACCCAUUCAAGGACUCCUCUCUCCACUGGUCCUCCAGAAGUUUCCAUUCUCUCGGAUCCCAAGAACAAUUUUGUACUGGUCAUCAUUUUUGUGAGUUUAGCAUUGCUAAUACUCCUGGGAGUCUGCGCACUGCUGUAUAGACGCUUCAGGAAAUCAAGGUCGGCACCGGUGGAAGAGUUUACAGACCAUUGCGAUUACUUAGUUAUUGAAGAAUCUCGAAUCACCACACACAAUUACAGUGUUAUUGAGGCGACAAACGGAUCCUAUCCACAACAAGAACACAAUCGAUACACAACAAUCCUGAGUUCAACUACAACUUCCAUUCCUUGUCAAUCAAGUGAAUACGAAACUGUUCAAAUGAAUACUGAACCCGACAAUCUGCGUGGUGGGGUACACGUACCAUAGGCUGUCUAAAGAUCCAAUUUCCACCACCUUCUGCAUAAUAUUCAAUUUUAUGUUUGUUUAAGGAGGUUGGCACCUGAAAAAAUAGUAAUGUCAAUCAUCCAAAAACCACUUGGAUAUAAAGAUGAGUACCAAAAAUGUUCAUCUAUUUUAUUUGUGACCCAUGUCACAUGCCAUUUUUUAAAAAAAUAUAGGACCCAAACAAGAAAUGAUAAUUUUUCUCAAAUUUUUGCUUAAAUCUAACAUGUAAAUUGAUAAUUUGAAGAAAUCAAACAAAUAUUUAUAGUUUGAACUAUUAUUUAGUUAUGAUUUUAAUACAGUAUGAAGUUGGACACAUGUAGUGGCUUAAAAAGUAAAUCCAAGUCAAAGUUUAAAAAUUCUUGCUUUACUGAUGGCUUCAAAGGCCAGUACAUAAUGAACACAACAACAAAUGUUACACAAAAGUUUGGAGUAAUCAUGCAAAUAAAAAAUUAUAGUAAUGUCAUCUUUCUAAAACUUUGCAUACAAAUAGACAUACAUUUAAUGUCUCAUUUAAGAAUAAAACAAAAAAUUUGAGAUAUAGCAUGAAAUAAGUUAUUUUUAGGCCAAAAUUGGAGUUACUUUUUCUGAAUCUCUAUGAAAUAUAAGCUAAAUAUGCCAAUAUAUAUAUAUAUUGAUAGAAAUAUCAAAAUAUUGUUUUAACAUGUUUUUUUUAGAACAUCAUGAAUGUAUCGUAAUACACAAACUAUCUAGAAGUUUGCUAUGCGAUAAAAAUUAGGAAGCUUAAGUAACAGUACUCUAAAACUAGUGAGUUAUGACAAUUAUUCAUUUCCUUUUUUUAAAAACCUUCCACCAAAAAUUGUGAUUUAUACUACUAGAAUUAAUACGUGAUGCAGAAUUUUCAGAUUAGAGGUGCCCCAAAAUGACUACCCUAAACCUAAGGAGCGAACCUCUUUAAGUUGAAGAAAAAUGAGAAAAAAUAUGAGGGAGGCUAGACUCCACAGCCCCCUCCCCUCCCAUGCGACUUGCCUGAAAUAUAAUACUAAUAAAUAAUUAUACGUGCAUUUCAACCCUAGAGGAAUGAAAAUUUACUUUUUUUGACAUGUCUCUAUCUAAUAACCGAGCAGACGAAUUUUAUGAUUCUUGUAUAUUUUAAACUGCAUAGUAUUACUCAUUUAAUAUAACAUUUAAAACAUUGUGUACAUAAUAAAUUAAAAGUACUUCCCUAUAUACGGCAUUUCCGUUGUAAAGGAAAAUGGCCCCGUUUUAAGCAAUGAAUUAUAGAAAAUAUACCAUGCUUUUGAUAAAAUUAUUCUAUUACAAGAGUGAAUAAAUAUGGCACAUCCUGA